CCACGCACCACGCACUACGACGUCCCGGGGUUGGUUGGUCUCGCCAGUGCAUUGUUUUCCCUCGGUUCUUCCUGAAUUGAACAAAAUAUGCUUCGUUAGUCGGACUUCUCUCAUCAUUGAGUCACGAACUCCAAUUCCUUCCCUCACUCUCCCCAUCGCUCCCCCGCUCCAACAACGCCAAUCGAGCCCACCUGCUUACUCCUCCAUCAUGGAUCACGACCACCACGAUCCCAGUCCAGAGCCGCCUAGGCGGCGAAGACGGAACAUGCUGCGCCGGCGCAUGCGCAAUAGGGCCCCGAUAUCUGCUCGUCUUUCUCUGGAUCAUCAGCUGCGUGGGAACAUCGGCGUUGUCUCCGAUGACCUGGUCGGCGACCUCUUCAGCAAGGACAAUCAAGAUGAUCUAGGAAUUUACUAUGUCGCAAUCUCGCCGUAUCUCCCGGGUUGCACCUCGGUCGAGGACCUGUCUUGGACCAUCAUUCCCGUGCGACCGCAGCCCAAGGAUCGCUCUUAUCAGUCACCAAUUCCGCAUUCCACCGUCCUCUUCCCCGACUCCGCCCUUUCCUUACAGCCAUUUUUGGAGAGACUGAGCAAGUUGGACCCCACCCGCCAUCCCCUUCAGUCACAGCGCGCAAUCGAGAUACGGGUGUUGGAUGCUGUGCCUCUGCCUCUGGAUACAGUCUAUGUGACGGUGGAGCGGAACCUUCUCCGGAAUCAUGAUGAUGUCCAAAACAAAUUUGGGGGUGGUUUUAGCUCCAACAAUAUUUCAUCCAAUGGUGGCUGGGUAAAGGGCGCGAAAGUCGCCGACGGCAAGAAAUACACAAAGAAGGCAGCAGCAGAGGAUGAAGAGAGACUCACGGCUGCCGUGCGCGAGGCUCUGGGAGCUGUGAAGGUCCUACACACCGGCGAUGUCUUGCCGCUUCCAUUACCGCCGCAUCCCAUUACCUAUGCUCCAUCCCCCCCUGCUCGAAUUGCGCUUUGUGAACCGGUCUCGCAAGGUCUGCUCAUGCCCGCCACGAAAGUGGUCCUAAUCCAUGCGCGUCCCAACGGUCAUCGGACGCAGAGAAGCCUUCGAUCAGGCGCCGGUCUUCUCAAACAAGUAGCGGAAGACGAGGCCGAUGACACAUCCAAUGAACAGUUCUAUUCGGCGGCCGAGGAUAAACCCGUUGAGAGCAGCACCGAGAUAGAAGGCAGCACUACUGCCGACGAGUCGGAAACAGAUGCAUCGGGCGGUAACACGAGUGACACAUCGGACGAUUCUCUGGAGGAUAUGAUCUCGCUAACAGCCCCGGAGCUCCCUCAGCCGGCAUCCGGUGUGAUGUCUGCCAUGACCGCUGCUACGCCCCGUGCCGGAGGGCGUCGGCCGGAUGGCACUCAUACUCCUGGCUCGGUCGCAUCGAACUUUACUUCUGCCACGAUGCGACCAGGUCGAGUUGGCGGGGGCAAGGUGCUCAAGACUGAGGGCCUUCUGCGCCAGGUGCCAGGCGAUCUUUUGCAUCCUCGCCCGCGAGAGGACGAUGACCCGGAGUCUUUCAUCUUCGUAGAUAUAGGAACGCUCGCUAAAAUUGGCUGUUUCUCCGGCGACUGGGUUAGGAUCGAGGCUACCGAGGAGCCGCAGCACAACCCUUUCGCCUCGAUCAGGCUUAAUAGCUUCAAUGACCGUGAAGAGGAUAAUGGCGACUGGCGUGCGGUCAGAAUCUAUGGCUUGCCAGGCUUACAGUCUACCAAACCUCGAUACUCAAUCAAUCAGACGGGACACCGGCGCUCCAGUGUCUCUCAACUUCCUGCCGCGCGCAUGAACUCCUCUGUUUUCGUUUCACCAUUGCUCCUGAAUAACCUCGACAAUCCUAAAUACCUACGCAUCUCCCCGAUGACCUUCGCUAGUUCAACUGGCGCAAAGCCUAAUCUACUUCACCAAGUGAAGUCCAGCUCCGUCCGAAACCCGCCUUUGGCCAAAGAGGUUACGCUGCUCAAGGUAUCGACUCCUUUGUCUAUGGACCGAGUUCUUCAACCUGCCCUGUUUGCUGGUCUCAAACAGUAUUUUGAAUCUCGGAGACGACUUUUGAAGGGCGGGGACCUCGUGGGAAUUAGCAUCGAUGAGGGCCUCGGUAGAGCCGUAUUUCAGGGAAACGCCACCGGCGACAGUAAUGUUCAAGAAGACGAUCUGACCACGAGACUAGGCCAGGUAUCUUAUCCCGAUCAUGCCGUGUCGAGAAAGGUCGGAGUCGCAUGGUUCCGGGUCGGACAGGUCGUCCCCAGUCUGCCUGAGGACCAAGAUGAAGCGGGCGACAACCAGUGGGGAGGAGUGGCCGUGAUCGACUCCGCAACUACUCGAAUGGUGCAGGCUGGCAGUGAUGUGAGCAGGGUUCCAGGUACGACAGAUAACGGCUGGGAAUAUUGGCUUGGAGUGAAAGCUGUCCCGAGAGUUGCCACUGAAGCUCAGACGAGCCAUGGCCUGGUAACAGAUGUGCCACACUCGUCCAUCUCACCUCUGCAGCAGCGCCUUCGGGAGUUGAUCUCUGUCGCUACCAGCCCCCGUGCAAUCCAGCUCGGUAUGAAGCCAGUCGUCAUCCUCCUGAGAUCUCAACAAAGACAUAUUGGCAAGGCUACUGUCGCGACCCGCGCGUGUGCAGACAUCGGCCUUCACACAUUUCCGAUCGAUGCUUAUGAUAUCCUUACAGAGGGUGGCGCCAAUGGUGGUGACGUGAAGACUGAAGCAUACCUGAAAGCCCGAGCAGAACGUGCCUUCCAUUGCGGGUCCGACUGUACUGCACUUCUGAUCAAACACAUCGAGGUUUUGACUGCAGACCGCAUAGUGUCGGCUAUGGCCGAAAUUGUGGCCGAGGCCCGGGUUGUGAUCGCCACUACGACGGACGUCGAGCAAAUGCCUGAAGGCAUUCGAAGUAUGUUUACUCAUGAAUUUGAGAUGUCUGCCCCGGAGGAAAAGGAGCGCGAAGGCAUCCUUCACAAUGCUGUCUCCGAACGUGGCAUUCGACUCUCACCUGACGUGGAUUUGGGAUCAGUGGCUCUCAAGACCGCUGCCCUGGUCGCUGGUGAUCUGGUGGACGUGGUUGAACGUGCGUCGUCUGCUAGAACAGCGCGCCUGGAGAAGCUAGCAGAAACAUCGAGCAAGCAGUCAAACCAAAAGAUUGGCAUUCGCGAUAUUCUCAUCUCGGGCGGUGACGCGGCUCGCGGUGUCACAAAGCUCGAUUUUGAUGCUGCUGUGGACGCGGCAAGGAAGAACUUUGCGGACUCCAUCGGCGCGCCCAAAAUUCCUAACGUUAGCUGGGAGGAUGUGGGUGGCCUGUCCAAUGUUAAAGAUGCGCUGGUCGAGACCAUUCAGCUACCGCUUGAACGGCCUGAACUGUUUGCCAAAGGCAUGAAGAAACGUAGCGGUAUCUUGUUCUACGGCCCCCCUGGUACCGGAAAGACCCUCCUGGCUAAGGCCAUUGCUACGGAGUUCUCACUGAACUUUUUCUCCGUCAAGGGGCCCGAGCUGCUGAAUAUGUACAUUGGUGAGUCCGAAGCCAAUGUAAGACGCGUUUUUCAGCGCGCCCGAGAUGCCCGUCCCUGCGUUGUUUUCUUUGACGAAUUGGAUUCCGUGGCUCCAAAGAGAGGUAAUCAAGGUGACAGUGGUGGUGUGAUGGAUCGAAUCGUCAGUCAACUCCUUGCUGAGUUGGAUGGAAUGAACGGCGGAGAAGAGAACAGUGGCGGUGUCUUUGUUAUCGGCGCGACCAACCGCCCUGAUUUGCUGGAUACGGCGCUUCUACGUCCUGGUCGCUUCGAUAAGAUGCUCUAUCUUGGUGUCUCGGAUACACACGAAAAGCAGAGAACCAUUCUUGAGGCGCUAACACGGAAGUUUGCCCUCUCCCCGGAUCUUUCCCUUGCUCGGGUUGCUGAUCGGCUUCCUCUAACCUACACGGGUGCCGAUUUGUACGCUUUGUGCUCUGAUUCAAUGCUCAAGGCUAUUACGCGCAAGGCUACAGCGGUGGAUGAGAAGAUUCAGCAACUUCCAGGUGAACCUGUCAGUACAGCGUACUUCUUCGAUCAUCUCGCCACACCGGAAGACGUGGCGGUGAUGGUGACGGAAGACGAUUUCCGGGAGGCUCAGGACGAGCUUGUGCCCAGUGUUAGCGUCAAGGAGCUCGAACAUUUCGAACGGAUUCGACAAACAUUCGAAUCCGUUGACAAGCAAAAGCAGGAGUCGGCGAACGGUGCAUCCGGACCACCACGAACAAUCCAGGAUGUGUUGGAUGCGCUGAACCUUGGUGGGGACCUGGAAUCUAGCAUAGACGGGCCUGUUGCCAACGGGGACUCCCAAUCCGCCGCGGGCAAUAAAGGAAAAGGCAGGCAGGUCCCGUCUAUGGUGCGGAGUGCGAGUGGCCACUCGACCAGUAGCAAGGGCAAGGGGAAGAGUCCUGCGGGGCCCGGCGGGAAAUCGAAGAAUAAGGCUAUCAGCAUCCCGAACGGCGACUCCGAUUCCUCCCUUGACGGUCCCACAUCCGGGCUGCGAACGGAUCGAGGAGGACCGCGCGGAUACAAUGAUCUUGGAGAGGAUGAAGAGGACACUGUGGAAGACGGGGUCACUUACAGUGGCGAUGAAGACGACUACAUCGUCCGGACAGACCAUCUUACUCCAACGGGUGGAUCGGGGGCUUGAUUGGUAUCUCUUAGCCCUUCGACGGUUUUUUGGGGGGGAGGCGGGCCAAAGAAAGCGGCGGUAAUAGGAGACUUGGCGGUUGGAUUGGUGUGUGUACAUAUGACUUGCCAUGACUGCAUAUGAGC